GUAAAAAAGGCAGUGGAACAGCAAGGUUUAGAUGAAGGACUUGACUCUCUUACAGAUCAGAGCACUGGAGAGCUUGAUCCUGAUGAUAUAUCUGGAGUGCAACCAAAAAGUCAUAUUAAUGCAAAGAAAAACCUCACAGCUCUUAAUGCUUCCAGAGUAGAUCACAAUGUCCCAAGGCAUCGGUGUAUGUUAUGUAACAAGGAAUUUCUAGGUGGUCACAUUGUAAGGCAUGCCCAGGCUCAUCAGAAAAAGGGCAGUUUUUCAUGUGUGAUAUGUGGUAGAAAAUUUAGAAACAGAGGACUUAUGCAGAAGCAUUUAAAGAAUCAUGUUAAGAAAAUACAGAGACAGCAACUUGCUGCAGCUCAACAGGAGGAUCAGGAAAAUCCUGCUUUGGAAGAAAUAAAUUGUUCUGAUAAUUUCAUUUCAUUUGAAAAUGGGAAGUCUGAUAAUAAGGAUUUGGAAGUAGAGACUAUUACCCAUUCCAGUGAUGGAAACAAAGAUGUCAUCCCUUCACAUGUGGGUGAAUUCAUUGAAAUUCCCGGAACUGUAUCAGAAGAUGUUAUUGAAAAUAUUACUGAAAAUGGCAAUCCUGAUACUUCUUUAAAUAAUGUCUCAGAGCCAUUACCUGUAUGUGUGGAUGACUAUGAGGAGGAAGAAGACGAAGAAGGUGAUUAUGAAGAAGAUGAUUACGACCUGAAUCAGGAAACUUCAGUACUUCAUAAAAUCAAUGGAACCGUGUGCCAUCCAAAAGACAUCUAUGCGACAGAUCAAGAAGGAAACUUUAAAUGCCCCGCUCUUGGCUGUGUCAGGAUAUUUAAAAGAAUUGGAUUUCUAAAUAAGCAUGCAAGGACUGUACAUCCAACUGAUUUAAAUGUGCGGCAAACAGUAAUGAAGUGGAGCAAAGGAAAAUGCAAAUUUUGUCAAAGGCAGUUUGAAGAUUCUCAACAUUUUAUAGAUCACCUUAAUAGACACAGCUAUCCAAAUGUGUACUUUUGUUUGCAUUUUAAUUGCAAUGAGUCAUUUAAGCUGCCAAUCCAACUUGCUCAGCACACAAAAAGUCACAGGAUAUUUCAGGCUCAGUGUAGUUUUCCAGAAUGCCAUGAGCUUUUUGAAGAUCUUCCUCUGCUAUAUGAACAUGAAGCUCAGCACUAUUUAAGUAAAACACCAGAAUCAUCUGCACAACCAAGUGAAGCAAUUCUUUGGGAUGUUCUUACAGACUCAAAAUCUAAUCAUCAGGAAAAAGACUCAUCUAGUAAUGAGAAACAAACUGUUAGUCUAUCAGUUUCUACUAGCAAAUCAAGGAAAGAUCCUACAGAACCAAAGACAUGUAUAGAAAGUAUGGAAAAGAAAACAGACCGUUUAGUUCAGAAUGGAAAUGAACAUUCUGAUCACACUGUUUCUGAUAUAAGCUUGACAGACCAAAAGAUGCCUGACAUAGAGCCAAAUUCUGAAAAUAAUUGUAUUAGUGAUUUAGUCAAUGGACACAGUGGAAUAGAGCAAACACCUUUAGUUUCCUCAGAUCCUGCUUUGAAAAUUGAUACAAGUAGAAUCAGGACAGAAAACGGUUCCAUUUUACCUAGUGUUGUACCACAAGAACACAGUACCCUGUCAGUACCUCAGGCACCUUCCAAACCAAAUCAGACGAGUGAACAUACUUCAUAUGGCUUAAUUUUAACAAAGCCGUAUGUCAGACCAUUGCCUCCCAGUUACCUUGAUGAACGGUACCUUAGUAUGCCAAAACGCAGAAAAUUUCUGACUGAUAGGGUAGAUGCCUGUUCUGAUCAAGAUAACGUUUGUAAAAAAUCAGUGAAAAGAUUAAGAUGUGGCAAAUGCCUGACCACCUACUGUAAUGCAGAAGCACUUGAGGCUCACCUUGCACAAAAGAAAUGUCAGACACUCUUUGGAUUUGAUUCAGAUGAUGAAAGUAAGUCUUCUGUCUUCUCAGCAGGUAUAUCUGUAGAAAUAGAAAAUGCCAUAGAUCUUUGUAAGGUUAAAAAAAUUAACAUUUAUAUAACACAGGUGCCUGAUAAAAAUGUUUCAGAACGAUCUGUCGAUCAAGCAGUAGUGUGCAAAAAGCACUACAAGAAAAUGCAUCAUCAGUUUGCUAUUUCCCUGAUGGCCUUAAUUUUAGAGCGGUCUUGGAUUACUAAAGAUAAAGACAAAGCACAUUUUCUAGAAUGA